GCAGCAGCAGCUUGAGAUAAACUCCAAACAAUAAUGUCUGAAAUUAUUGUCAGCUGUUUAGUUUACGUGAUGUAUUGCAGUUUUAGUAAAAUUUGCAGUUAUUAUGGCCUUUUGUGAUAGUAAAUAUUGUUGUUGUGAGUCUAAUAGUGUAUUUGAAGAAUGUUUCAGUGAUAGGACGCAGUGCAAUUGUGAGUUGUGUCGAUGGUAGCCAUAGGUUCGCGGAUGGGUCGUCGCAGGACGCCUACGUCCGAAGUACAUUUUUUGAUAAAUUGCAUGGUUGUAUGAAAGUACGAAGGCGUAAAUUCUUUGUUAAAUUACUAGUGGUUUAUAGAAGGUUUUAAAAAUGAAUCACAUAUCUCAUUAUCGAGGUGCUCUGCCUCACCAAAUACAUCCCAAUCAUUGUCCACCGCUACAAAACUUCCCGGCUCGCUUUCCGAGCCCCACAAUGUCAGACAAUGUAAAUGCAUUGAUGAUCUCUCAAAUGGCCAAUGAUGGGACACUACAAUACCACAACACAAAUGUUCAACAUUUUAUUGUCGAAAAUCGACAUAUAGGCCAGAAUACUGAGCCAAUCAAAGAACCUGCGCAGCCCACUAGAAAACCUGAGCGGGUCAGUUCGGGUUUUCAAACUAUGGAAACUGAUUUAAACUUUAAACCGUCAAUUAGUAGCAAUACUAGUCAACGAUUAACUCACCACUGUAAUCGUGGGGCAAAGAAUUGUGCUCAGUGUUUCAAGGGACAGACAAAAAUCAUGGUGGAUGUUUCGACAAUGACUGAUAACGAUGAAAUGGACCAAGCCGCUAGUUGGGCCAGUGUCACAACGCAGUCUGGCAAUACCAAAGUAGCUGAAUAUCUCACCAGUUUACGCCAAUUUUUAAAGCUUUCCUCACCGCCGGAGGGCAAGCGCCGCCUAGGGGAUGUCCGCAUCAUCUCCUCGUCAGAUGGCACCCGGCUCUACUGUUGUCCCGAGUGCCACAUGGCCUACCCGGACAAGUCGCUGCUGGAACCGCACCUCGCCGCACACAAGAUCGAACGCCGGUUCAUAUGCAACGUGUGCGGCGCUGGCCUCAAGCGCAAGGAGCACCUGGACAGGCAUGCCUUGUCGCACAGCGACGAGCGACCCUACUCGUGUCAGCUGUGUCCGAAGACGUUCAAGCGCAACGAGCAUCUCGCCAGGCAUGCGAUCGUGCACACCGGCCACAAGGGACAGAUGGAGAAGCCAUGGGUGUGCGGCACAUGUGGCGUGGGCCACGCGCGCAAGGAACACCUAGACCGGCACCUCUUGUGUCACACCGACGAGCGCCCGUUCACCUGUCAGGUGUGCGCCAAGUCGUUCAAGCGCCACGAACACCUCCUGCGGCACGUCAUCAUCCACACCGGCCACAAGACCGAGAUCUGUCCCGAGUGCGGCAAGGGCUUCUACCGCAAGGACCAUCUGCGCAAGCACCUCCAAGGUCAUGCCGCCAAGAAGGCCAAGAUGGCUGCCGGCGCGCAACAAAAUGGCGGCGGCAGUUGCAGUGCUGCAAACCAAACCAUGCAGCAGCAACAACAGCAGCAACAACAGCAGCAGCAGCAGCAGCAACAGCAGCAGCAGCAGCAACAGCAGCAGCAGCAGCAACAGCAGCAACAAACGCCCGUGUCGGUGGCCACGCAACAUGUGGAUGGCUCCAUGCUGCCUCCUCUGCCCUCGGCGCCCAAGUUUGAGGCUUUCUCCGAGUAUAAGGGCAAGUUGUAGAGACACUCGUUAGGAGAAAAUAAUAGUAAGUUGAUUUGAAUUGAUAAAGGGAGUUCAAGCACUAGGAGAAAUAGUAACAUGAUUUGGAUUGUAAGAGGGAAUUUCAGCUCGUAAGGAAAAAUUUAAUAGUGAGUUAUUUAAAUUAAAAUAGGGACUUCAAACUCGUUAGGAGAGAUAUUAACAUGAAUUGGAUUGUAAGAGGGAAUUUCAGCUCGUAAGGAGAAAUAGUGAGUUAAUUUGAUUUGAAAUAGGGACUUCAAGCUCGUUAGGAGAAAUAGUAACUUGAUUUGGAUUGUAAGAGGGAAUUUCAGCUCGCAAGGAUAAAUAGUGAGUUAAUUUGAAUUGAAAUAGGGACUUCAAGCACGUUAGGAGAAAUAGUAACUUGAUUCGAAUUGUAUAGCUGCGUACAGACUUGGAGCGCCACGUACACGCGCAAUUCACUUUUCAUCAGCUGAUUAUACCUGUAUUUGUAAAGAAACAGUAAGAUACAGAUAUAUAAUAAGCAUAGCAUCAGCUGAUGAAAACUGAAAUGCACGUAUUCGUGGCACUCAAGUCUGUACGCAGUGAGUUCAAGCUCGCAAGGAGAAAUGAUAAAUUGAUUUGAAUUUUCUUAGAGGGACUUAAAGCUCUUAUAAAGAAAUAGAAAGUUGAUUUUGAUUGUCAAGGGAGUUGAAGUGUAGGAUUUGAAAAUUCAAGUGGAAAAUGAAUGUGGAAUUGUAAGAUGGAGUUGAAGUGUUGGUUUUGAAUUUGUAGACUGGACUUGAAAGGAAAACUGUGUAGAUGGUUCAGCCAAAAGUUUGUGUUGAAAUAGCAGCCAUGUGUGGAUGAUUGAAUACAGCACAUGCGCUCUUAGCUUUGAAAUCUAAGGUUUGAAUUCCUGAACUCUGAAAUCUAGGGUUGAAUUCCUUACAAUCCUGGGGUUGGAAUCUAGAAUUUAAAUUUCUUAUAAUCCAUGGUUUGAACUCUGAAAACUUGCGAUUGAAUUCCUUACAAACCAAGGAUUGAACUCUAAAAUGUAGCGGAUUAAUUUACUUUUAUUUAUAAGGCUAACUUCAAAUCUCGGGGACUAUUCAGCAAUGUGUAUUCAGUCAGUUCACCACUGAUUUUUAAUAAACAUAAAUUAUAGAAAAUAUAGAUUUUUAUAUCAUGUAAGAUACACUUUGGUACAGUAUUUAGAUCCUAUAGAUUCGUAAAUUGUUCACAAAACAAGAAAUCAGUCUUGUGCAUCAGCAUAUUUUACUUAAUAAUAUAAUUAAAAGUGAGAAAAAUUGAGUGUAAAUUAUUAUUUAUAUUUGUCAAUUUUCAGUAAUAUUUUAAAGCCUUCCCGUUCGUGGAAUCCCUCUAAUGGGCUAGUAUAAAUGUACCUAAUUUUGAGCAAAAAUGUUAUAUCAUUGGAAUUUUUCCAGCAGGUUGUGAGGAAAUCACAACUCAAGUAUUAUAUUUCUAAAGUGGCUUAAAAUUUAGCUUAUUUAUUCUUAUAAUUUAACAGACAAUAGGUUUUUUGUCGUAUUCAGUGUCAUUAUUUAAUUAUUAUUAUUAUCCCUAUUAAUUUUAUCUCAUAAUUGUUUAUCUUACCAAUGGUAAGUUAAGCUUCUAAAUCAGCCGUAAAUCAACUUAGCUUGUUCAUAAAUGAGCCAUAAUAUUGAAUUCAUAAAAAAUGUAAGAAACAUUAUUUAUCCUUGCCGUAAUAUUCUCCAAUUCAUUAAAAUAUUAAUAAACUCUUCAUUUCAGCUGCAUAGAAAUACUCUCCAUUUGAUUAAAUACUAGAACAAAAAGCAAUAUUCAUUAAUACUGCCAGUAAAUUAGCUCAAGUUUGAAAUUUGUUAUACAAACCGAGUUUUUCUGUUUUCUUAGGUUCAUUAAAAUUCUAAAAGAAUCCUUCACAAACAGUACAAAAUUUAAUCAUUCAAGCAGUAUAAAUAAGACACUUAGAACUAAGAGUAGAUUCAACGGAAUGAUACAUUUUAUGUGUUAUAUAGUUAAUCUGUUGGUAUAAAAAUGUAAUGGAUAUUUUUGUACAAGUAACAUUUUAGCAGACAAUGGUUUCGUAUGAUAUUUGUUGAUAUUUCUAUAUAAUUGGCAAACUAAUAGCAAACAAUGUUUGUUAGGCAUUUUGUCAAUAUUUUUCAUACUUUAUAAAAUAUCAUAAAUCUUCGAAUUUCCAGUACAUAUUUCUUUAGUGUACAACUUGUUCAAUUAACCAAGAGUAAAUUGGAACAAUGAUUUGAUUUCUUGUUUAAGUUACCACCCCAAAUUACCAAGUAGAUUAGGAACUCUCUAAUGUUUGGUGUAAGUUCUAUGUAGGUUCUUACCUGACAAAAAAAAUAUUCCUAACUGAAUGAAUAAUUCUGAUGAAAUUGCCCAAAUUCUGAAUUGCACAUUAAUUACUCAACUGUAAGUGAAUUCUAAGUAAUUCAUGAAGUCUUCAUAUAAACUGAUCGAGAUCGAACCACUACUGAACUUUGAUUGAACUCUAUGGUUAUUAGAAUUAUAAUUAUUUUGUUGAUGCAUAAUGAAGGCGAUUUCAUUUGUCAUAAAUAUGCUAAUAUUCUCAGUAGGCUUUGUUAUUCAUCAUUAAAACAAAAUAGAACUAAGCAUUUCAGACUACAAUUAAAAACAAUGGAAUAUUAAAAACCAAUAGACCAUCUUUAACAGUAUAACGGAAUGCUCUGUCAACUUAUUUUAAAAAAAUCAAGUUUUUGGUUUCACCUGUAUGAAGUAUGCAGUAAUUUAACUGUAUUAAAUUUUCCAAUACCACGGUUUAAAGUUUUGUAUUUUUUAUACAUCUACUUUGAAAAAUUGGCAGCUCUUAUUUCUUUAAUAUUUUAUUUUGAGUUAUAUUUUAUUAUAAAAAAAUUAUAACUAUUGAAAUCAAACUUGGGAACUUUGUAAAAAAUAUUGAAAUUGAGUCUUAUUAAUUUUCAAAGAAUAAUUAUUGAAUAUUCUAGCACUAUUAUUAUUGAAUUUUAACUCAUCAGUAAGAUGAGAAUUUGUGUCUUAUGCACCUCUAUUUUGAAACAAUAUGAAUCUACAUUUUAUAUUGAAUUUGAUUCCAAUUUUACCUGUAUAGUUCAUAGGAUAUUGUGAGAUGUUACUCAACAUAUAUAAAUAUAUUAUAUAUAUUCAAACGAGUGUAAAAUGGAUUGAAUGCAAAAUGUACCAUAUAAAUUAAUUCAACUUGGAUUCUAUAGUUUGUAUGUGUAGUAGUAAGCUGUGUGUGUUGAAUGAAGUGUGUGACUAGUAGACUAUUUAGUGGCGAUCUUGAAACACAUUUUAAAAUACAAAUCAAUUUUUAUUUUAUUAUGUGAUAGCCAGAAGCUUUAAUUGGGCAGCUUAUUACUUGAUUUCCUUUGUGAAUUAAAAAAAUUAUAUUAUACAGAACCAGUAUUUACAAAUUAGUAUCUCGCCAUUAUAAUUAUUGAUAUAUAACAUAUAUUUUUUCUCGAAUAUGAAGAAUUUCUUUUGUAAUAUUUAGUUUUAAAUAAUUUUAUAACAAAACAAAAAUUCUUACCUUUGAGUGUAUAAUAUCGAGAGUAAUAAAACUAUUAAUUCAUUCAAA